AUGGAAGAUGAGAUUAGGGCAUUGGCUGCGAAAAGAACCAAGGAUGCGAUACUUUCACACUGCGCUUACUAUGAUGCCCUUCAACCACUCAUGGGUCAACGCCCUAAUAAUCUCCCCUUAGCCUCGGCCGAAACCCCAUCUCCUUCGAGUUCAAUCCCACCAGCUGCUUCGACUUCAAUGGCACCAACUCCUUCAAACACCAUCCACCCUAACCCUUUGACCUCGAUCGACUUGACUAGUGGCCAAAUUGACGAAACUCAAUCUACUCAGAUCAGUGGCUGGGAUUCUACCCAAUCAGUUAAUCCCCAUCUCGAAUCGAUUGAAGACUUUGAUCUACCUGACCCAAACGAUCUGACCGAUGAUCAACCCAGCUCCAACGAUAUGAUUGCACCCAAUAUACAAUCUCAGCCUUUACAGCGAGCCUCCAGCUCUCAAUCUCAAACUCCAGCAAGAAACAAAGUUUCUUCCGAAGCCAGUCAAACGCCAAAAAACAGCUCGAGGCGAUCUUCCGGCAGCGCUGCUGUACUCAAGUCGAUGAAGUCCUCAUUACCUAGUCAAACUGAUUUUCAAGAGAUGAAUAUGAAUGCUAAAGAAACAAACAACACCAAUCGAUUGAUGCUUCAACAAACGGCAGACACUCACAACACUGUCAUCGGGUUGUUAGGGGCCAAAUUUGGCCUACCGUCAUCUUCUUCCAAACACUCUUUGGAAGAAGAGGAUGCAAAUGUAUUAGCAAAUAAGAAAGCCAAGAGGGCAAAACAAGACGAGCUGGAUCUUAUCCGUUUGGAACGCGAAUUGGCAGCUGAGCGUAGGGCUUUUGAAAAUGAAAAGAGUGGAUCUGGAUCAAAAAUGUCACCGUUGGAGUUAACCCGCGAAAAGGUGGAUAUGGUAGCUAAAUUAACGCUCUCGCAUGUUCCUCUUGAAAAGGCCCAGCAGAUGGUUGAGGAAAUGCUCAAGGACUUGUAA